GAGCAGAAACCAGGCGCCCGGGACGGGGAUAGAGUUUCUCCCGGUAAGGGAUCCCUUUGACCGUCAUAGGUUCAGUUUCUCCCAACCUGUGACACACACGGCCAUAACGUGCAACAUCUCGCUUUUUUAGGUCGAUGAUGAUCAUUUUUCCUUUUUUAAACCGUGGAAUAAACUCAUGGUGGUCGCCGAGCGUGCCCCGCGGUCGCUACCCGGCCUCGUGUUACCUUCUUCGGGGCACCAUGGGCUCGUAAGAUGCCUUCUCUGUGGAAACGGAUAACAUUCUCGGUGGCCUCGGUGCUCUGCGUCGGCUCGGUGGUCCUCUUGGUGGUGGCACUGUCCACGGAGCGGUGGGUUACCGGACGCAUCUUGUGCAAAACUGGCGCGGAGUUAGUGAAUGCGUCUCACCCUGAACUGGAGCAGUUCAUCGGGGAUAUUUACUACGGUUUGUUCCAGGGGGGCAAGACCAAGAACUGCGGGCUGGGGAACAGGCGCUCCAAAAUCUACAUUUUUCCAAAGCUUGUGAAGACAUUGAAUGGUGGGCUUCACGUGAUGGUGAUUCUUUUCCUGCUGGUGGCCGUGGGCUUCGCGUUGGUCAGUCUUUCUUUCUGCAUUUACAAUGCACGCAAGGUUCCCUACCAGAGCAUUAAAGGGCACAAGGGACUCUAUCUGUGGAACUUCAUCGCUGCUCUUUUCGGGACGCUGGGCGUUCUGUGUUUCCUGGCUGCAGUCCGACACCACGGUCUGUCCGAGCGGGUGGCAAACUAUCGGGAGAACCUCUUUGUCCUCGUUGUCUUGGACGACAGUCUGGACUGGUCUUUCUGGCUGGGCGUGGGCAGCAUCACGACUCACUUUGCUGUCUGUGGAGUGGUCGCCAUGAGUCGGAUCAAGCUGCCCAAACCAGAGAUCAAGAAACCUGAAGCACCCACUGUCUCUGCUGUGGACCUGCUUUACUGAGAGACUGGUUGGGGAGAAUUUCCAUCAGUGAUGUCUGACACUGGGCAAACACAAAGGCUGAAAACACAGCGAAAUAGUGCCAGUGACUUUUCUAGGCUUUGUUCACUUAAAGGUUCAUUGCAGGCUCAAUCACAGACUCUCUGAGCUUCUGUCCUCGAGUCUGGGCAGGAAGUUCAGGUAACUAAGUGACACUUACUAACUAGUAGUGUUUCUUGAGAACAUUACUAAUGAAAUCAACACAAAACAGAGGACACAUGCCCAAUUAUGAGCUUCCAACACUUUCAGAUUAAAUGUCCAGUCAGAUAAGUAUUUGAAUGGACACUCUGAUGCACAUGAUGUCUACUCAACAGCAUUUGGUUCAAACAAACAAACAAAAAAAUCAUCUGAAGAAGGGGACAAAACUCAAGAUGAGAAACAAACAAACAAGCAAACAAACAAAAAAACGGCAUAGUAAAAGAUAUAAUAGUAAGGAAUAGCAAUGCUAAUGGACAAUAUAAAGAAAGAGAAGGACAAUGUCAAGAAUGUAAAGCACAAAUACAUUAAAUGCAUAACAUCAUAGGUUUCAGGCACAAAUAUGUAAAAACAAAGUUUGGAGUGAAAAUAAUGAAUCAAAGAAGACAAGAAGAGAGAUUUACGUGUCCAAGUCCAGAUGGAGGCUGGACCCCUGCAAAGAAAACACACAUGAUUUUCUGUUUGAACGGCUGAGACACAGUGAAAAUGUCCAAAAAUGUCAGGCUGCCUCCUGAUAUUUUACUCUCAAGUUACGCCAAGUAGUUGCAGAUGUGCGUCAGCAAAGGACAAGAAAGUGGAGUUUCUGCUUUGCAUCCUGACAGAGACAGAAUGUGGACGGGUCAGACUUGUAACUUCCGUUCUUGGUUACUCCAGUCAAAACCAAACUUAAGUCCUCAGACACUGUCACAAGUGACAGAAGAUGCUGAGACAAGAUGAAAACCAAAUGUUUGUUUUCUGUUUCUGUGUUGUCUGACAUUUGCAGAGGCAAAAGAAGACUGAACAAACUGGAAAGACCUCUGAGCUUCCACUCCAAACUAAACCUCCUGCAGUGUAUAUCAGUUGCAAUGUAGUAACUUAUGUAAAUAUAUGAGCAAUGAGUUUUUUCCAAUAUGUUUAUGGAAUGUCACUUCAAAAUGUCACUUUACAACCUACUGGACCAAGUAAAACCAGAAUGAAGUCUGAAGUAUUUGGUACAAGGCAUUUCUGCAGCAUCUUAAGUCUUUUGGUUUCAUUUUUUAUUUUUGCAUGAUUAUCUUUGAUCCAUUUAAAUAUCUUUUCAAGGUGAAUAAACUAAUGCAUAACCCAGCAUAAGUGGGAAAGUUUUUUUUCCUUUAUGAUAUGACAUAUACACAGGUCUGUAUGCAGGUCACUAUUAAAAGAUUUUUGUGCAUUUCACCGAGUUAACUGCAUGACUACUUACUGAUUUUCUUCUGCUUCUUCCCAUUCAGAGAAACUUUGGUUCAGUCCAACCAAUUCCUCUUUGCUGCAUAGAUAAGACACCAAAUAAACAUUUGGUUACAAAAACA